CACCGUUAGGGAUUGGACAUUUCCCGCGGUCCCGCCCCCUCCUUACCUCAAAAAUUCUUUUGCAAUUUCCCCGCUCGCUGCCAUCAUUUUGAAGCGUAGAUGAGUUGUAGAGAGGGGAAUUGACAAGAGAAUGGAGAUGGGGUAUGAUUAUGAUGAGCAGAAUGAAAAACAUCAGCACCAUGAAGCAGUGGAUGGGCUGUUCAAUCUUUUCAAUAAAGCCAACAAUGAUCUCGCCAUGCUCCAUGACAGACUUGACAAGGAGUUCAAGCAAAUCUACCCCGAUAAUGCAAACCCAAUGAAGCUUGUGGCCAGAAUCAAGAAAAUUCAGGAGGAGGUAUCAUCCCUUAAUGAGCAGUGUCGUGAACUUCUUGCAGCCAAGCAGGAUUUAAUUGACAAAGCCAGGGUAAUCUUGGUUGGAAACAGGUCAUUACUGCAGAGGCUUCAAGCGUCAACAGGGGUUCCAGUUACUGACGAUUCUAAUGAUUCUGCAUACACAAACUUCAAUCAGAUAAUUGAGGAGUGGACAGUUCAAGUGAGAUCAAGAACAGGUGAUGUAUUGUCUAUGCCAUUUUCACUUAUCCUGGAAAGAAAGGAGAAAAACGAAAAGGUGAUGAGAAGCAGGAGUCAGGUCCUGAAGACAUAAACCAUCUGCUUUUCUCAGCAAUCGUUCCAGGCAACUGAAGAUUUUGUUUGUUUGUGCGCAUGCACGCAAGUGUGUGUAUGUGUGUUCUUUUCUUUUCUUUUCUUUUUUUUUUUUUUGAAUUUUAUUGGUACAUAAGUAAAGAUUUUGACUAGUCAUUGUUCCCAAGCUAGUCGAAGCCAGUUCAUUAACCUCUGAAGUUGGUAAAGCUGUUGCAGUGAUACUUGUAUUUGUAUGCAUUUUAGUUCCUUGGACAUAUAUGCCUGCACUAUGUAGUGGUGACAUAGUAUUUUCUAGCGCUUAUUCUUUCCCUAGUGUUCUUCUUUUCCUGUAAAGUAAGCAGCAAAAUAUGAUUUUGAAACAUAAUUGUCUCUAUUUCCCACUCUCAA